AUGGAUAAAUCAAUCAUUAAAGGUUUAAAUGAUAAACUCUACGAGAAAAGGAAAUCUACAGCCCUUGAACUUGAAGAAUUAGUUAAGCAAUGCCUCAUUGAUGGUGAUUACGAUAGAAUUGAUAAAAUCAUUGGUGAAUUAUGCAGAGAUUACGCUUACGCACUACAUCAACCAAUGUCAAGAAAUGCAGGUCUUAUGGGAUUGGCUGCAUCAGCAAUUGCAUUAGGUGUCAAUGAUGUCGGUAGAUAUUUGAGAAGUAUAUUACCUCCCGUUUUAGCAUGUUUUGGAGAUCAAAAUGAUCAAGUAAGGUUUUAUGCGUGUGAAAGUUUGUACAAUAUUGCCAAGAUUGCAAAAGGUGAAAUAUUACCGUAUUUCAAUGAAAUAUUCGAUGUCUUAUGCAAAAUAAGCGCAGAUACUGAAAAUUCUGUCAGGGGAGCUGCUGAAUUAUUAGAUAGAUUGAUUAAAGAUAUUGUGGCAGAAAGGGCUUCCAGUUAUAUUAGUAUUGUCAAUAAUGAUCCUCACGACGUUCCUUCCGCAAUAACUGCUGAUCCUUUAUCUGGAAAUGUGUAUCAAGAACAGUAUGAACAAAAUGAUGCACUGGCAUUUUCUUUACAAAAAUUUAUUCCACUUUUAUCAGAGAGAAUAUAUGCAAUUAACCCUGAUACUAGGGUAUUUCUUAUAAACUGGUUAAAUGUGCUUCUUAAUAUACCUGGCUUAGAGUUAAUAACGUAUCUACCUUCAUUUUUAGGAGGUCUAUUUUCCUUCUUGGGUGACUCUCACAAAGAUGUAAGAACAAUGACACAUUCUUUAAUGGAUGUUUUACUACAUGAAGUCCAAGAAAUAUCUAAGUUACAAAUUGAAAGGAGAAUAAAACAACAACAGGAAAUUGAAGAGAGGAAUAAAAUGUUAGAACAAAAGAAAGAAACAAAGAAAAAUGAUGGAACUUUGAUUGCGGAGAAGAAAAAAUCACUGCUCAAUGCUUUCGAAGAGCUUUCGAACGAUAAUAUAAGCCAAAUAAAAACUCCAAAUGAAACUCCAAAUUUUUCCCAAGAUGAAUUUUCAAAACAUGAAAUUAUUCAAGAGCAGCAGCAAUUACAACCUCUAGUGCAUGAUGGAGAAGAAUAUAUUCCCGGUCAAGAUAUUCAAAUCUCUUUCCCAGAAAUAAUAUCUAUCCUUGUAAACAAUCUAGCUUCUUCAGAGACAGAAGUUCAAUUGAUUGCAAUGCAUUGGAUAGAUGUGAUACUGGAUCUAUCUCCAGAUGAUUUCAUUCCAUUUCUUUCUCACAUUUUGUCUGUGCUCUUGAAGUUACUAAGUGAUUCUGAUCCAGAUAUUAAUCAAUUAGCCCAUAAUCUCAAUAGACAAUUUCUUCAAUUAUCUGGAGAUUAUAACCCAUCCCAACCUGGGUCGCAACAUGAGAUCCCAUAUGGAACAAUUGUUAAUACGUUAACUUUACAAUUCUUCGAUGGGAAAGUUGAAGCAAAAAUCGCAUAUUUAGAAUGGUUACAAUUAAUAUAUCGAAAGGUUCCUGGACAGAUUAUUGAUCAUAAUGAUAGUAUGUUCUUAACUUUGUUGAAAUCAUUAUCAAGUAAUCAUGCUACAUUGAUCGCAAAGGCGUUAGAUCUUUUACAAAGCCUUUGUUCCAAUUCUAAUGAUGAUUACUUAAGAAAGUUUUUGGAAGAUUUCUUAAAACUAUUGAAAAAAGAUCCAAAACUUUUGAAAAAUGGUGCAAAUUAUAUAAUGCGACAGAUUUGUGUGAAACUAUCUCCUGAAAGUGUUUACAAAACAAUAUCAUCGAUAUUAAAUUCAUAUGAUGACGUCAUUUUCGUCCGUAUGGUAAUUCAAAUAUUAAGUAAUAUAUUAAUUACUUCCCCUGAGAUGUAUUACUUGAGAGUUAAAUUAAGACAAGGGGAUGAUAGACCUUUUUUUAACACAUUAUUCAAAUCAUGGUGUUACAAUUCAGUAUCAAUAAUUGCAUUAUGUUUGGUUUCUGAAUCCUAUGAGCUGGCAUAUUCCGUAUUACAAAUAUAUGCAAAUUAUGAAGUCAAAAUUAAUGAUUUGGUCCAAUUAGACAUGUUGGUUCAAUUAUUUGAAUCUCCAAUAUUUACCAGGAUGAGAUUACAACUGUUAGAACAACAAAAGUAUCCAUACCUAUACAAAUGUUUGUAUGGUAUAUUAAUGAUCUUACCACAGACGAAAGCUUUUGAAAUAUUAAAUAGGAGGUUGAGUAGUGCAAAUAUUUGGGCUUCACAACCUUAUUCUGGACCAAGUUCAAAUAUGAAUAUCCACAGUAGCAGGAGCAUCUCAAAUUCAACUGCAGGACUGAAUUCGUCAAGUACAUCGGAAACUUCGUCUCAGCGAAUCGUGAGUCAGAACAAACUGUAUUAUCAAGAAUUACAAGAACAUUUCAAAACUAUCAUCGAACAAGAGCAAUCAGCCAUGCAUCAGAAUCUAAUGAAGGAAUCAGAUUGGCCCCUUUUAGGAACGUAUUUAGAUACUCCUGAAGAACGUACUUUCCCUUCAAUUGUUCCAUCAAGAAAUAUAACGGCAGACCUUGGGAAUGCUGUAGCUGCUGAACAAUCUAUAGAACAACCUAUGGAUAAUAGUUCUAUAAUCUAUCACCCUUCCGAUUCGGCUAAAGGUUCUUUGAGAACAAUCGCAAGUAAAUUUACACCAAGAAAUGGUGAGCAUCAAUAA